AUGAAUAGUUCCACACCACGUCCUGCCAAGUUUGCCAAUCCCGACUUUGUGGCUCCAGCAGUCCAUGCAUAUGUCCAGGAACUUGGUUAUAAGGAAUCGCCUAUCCUAGAAAGAUUGCGAUUGGAGACGGCUAACCACCCACGUGCUCGCAUGAUGGGAGAUCCAUCAGAAGCCGCCUUGUUCAAGCUUUUGAUAUCAGCAAUGAAUGUGAAGCGAAUAGUUGAAGUGGGUGUCUUUACUGGAUACACUACGUUGGCCAUGGCACUGAACUUGCCAGAUUCGGGAACAAUUGUCGGAUUGGAUGUCUCGGAAGAGUUUACAAGUGUUGGCAAGCCUUAUUGGAUUGAAGCAGGUGUCGAGAAUAAGAUUGAUUUACGGCUCGGCCCAGCACUGGAAAGUCUGGAUAAAAUGAUUUCUGACGGGGAAGAAUCAACUUAUGAUUUUGCCUUUAUUGACGCUGAUAAGGUCAACUAUGAAGGGUAUUACGAAAGACUUAUAAGGCUGGUCCGACAAAAUGGAAUAAUUGCCAUUGACAAUGUCUUGUGGUCUGGACGUGUGGUGGAUCCAAAGGAACAAGGAGAUGACACUGUGGCCUUGCGCCAGAUCAACAAACUCGUCCAUGGGGAUGUCCGCGUGGAACAUGUCAUGCUUCCCUUUGCGGAUGGAGUGACCCUGGUGCGAAAGAAAUAA